AUGCCUCCAUUUUAUAACUCUCUAUCAAGACGAUGGUCGCCAUUGGAAUUGCCAAUUCUUCCAUUCCUUGCACCUAGAGUCUUCCAACCAUGGCCCUGCAAAAGUGCCAGAGUCUAUCUGGGAACGGAAACGGGACAAAACCAAGACGAUCGUGAACUUAUAGUAGCAAAAGCUGCGAAGAGGGAAGAAACAUUAAAGCGCCUUGGAAAUUCAUCAACAAAUGUUCCAGUGCAACCAGGCACAAAAUAUAUCAGAUUCAGCAAAUGGCCAACGAACCCCGCUUCUUUUACCCACGUAAACCUUUCUGUCCGUGGCCCCAUAAGACACUUCUCUUCGAAGUCUGGUUUCGGGAAAGUAGCUGAGAGCAAUGGGGAAGAAGGUUCGGCCACAGAGGGUCAGUUCAAGGCACCACAUGAAUUUGGAUCUAAUGCGCGGAUGGGGACCCAGCCAAGUAGUGUCACAUUGACUCAUCAAUAUUCAGAAGACACGGAGGGCUCUGCAGCACGCAGUUCACAAACAAAUGGUUUACCGGAUGUUUCACCUGGAGCUCGUCAUUUGCAUUUGAAUACCGUACCGAAGACGCGACAUUUGCGAUUAAGAUCAAAGUCCCGCCGAAUUCCUUUUGGUAAGGUCGAUACUAUCCCGUCAAACAAUGCAGAGACAAAGCGCUCCAGAGGUUCUACCAUUUCUUCCUUACGAGGUCGCGCACAGCCCACAUCUCCACAAUCGUCGUCGUCCGCACCUCCAUCCAUAAUCGAAGCUGAAAGUCUGGCUGGCCUAGCAUCACCACCUGCUGCUCCAACUAUCACACCACCUGAAAAGGCCAGUAACGAUGCCAAUUCAUCAUAUCUACCCGCCACAGCUGCAGAAACAGUCACGUCCAAAAGACCCCGCCAGAGGUAUACAAAAUAUGAUUCAAGAAGAUUAGGACGGCCAAUCGUAGGGACGCGCAUUAAAACCAGACCCUCGAGAAAAUCCGUUUUCUUUUUUCGACGACCUUCCGGAUAUAAAUUUCCCCGUGAGAAUUUUAGACGGCCGAAAGGGCUAUCGUCCAUAUAUCUGAAGAUUUCUUUGAAUCGGCAACGUCUAUACUCUCAACGUUUUGCAACUAUUCAUGCGCCAUUUCAGGCAUUGCAUGAGCAAUAUGAAAUUUGGGCAAAGCAGCAAGGCCUCCCACAACUCUCGACUAAAUAUUUAAAAGUCGACAUAGAUACAAAAGCCAACAUCAUGAAGUUACGGAUGUGGUCUUGGCGAUUCGCUAUCAUCAAUCAGCGACAUGAAGACGCUUUGAAGGGUUACCCUAAAUUGGAGUAUAAUAAGGUCGCUGUUUCAAAGUUUCCUACGGCAUCAAGAUUGCUAUUCAUCAAGCAAGACAAUGUAGCUGCUUUGGCCACCAUCUGGCGCCGAGUUCCUUCAGAGAUUCGUUCUGAUGUUUGGGAGGAACUUAUGCUUACAUCAAUGGACCAAUAUCCCGCAUCUACUCUCAAGUUACUGCUGGCGACGUAUCAGGCACCGUCUCUUCCACCUCGCUGGGCUGCGAAUGAUUGCCUCGAUUUUGUAGUAUCCCAUUAUUUCGGAUCAGAAGAGCGCAAACCCACUCGAGAAUCCUUCACUCCCCACGAUCUUCAACAGAUAUUUGAAAGUAUUCGAUAUCUUCAGCUUCGUGGUCUCCGGCUUAGUGCACGCUCAGUGUACCUGUUACAAUCAAUCAUGAAUCAAAAAGAAUUCAGAACAUUCUAUCUCGUGAUGGCAGGGACAAGGCAACAUCUCACGGGCAGCAGUUUACUGCGAUUUACCUAUCGAUUCGCACGGUCUGGAGAGACUGAUUUGGCUUUUCAAGUCCUUCAGCAGGCCACUAAACAAGGCUUUAAUCUGAACCGCUGGAGAUGGCCACAAAUGUGCACUGUACUUCUGGCCAGAAGAUAUCGUGGUCCUCAUGCACAGGUCACCGACACGGAGCUUUUUGAUUUCAUGCUACAUCACGGUCUAAAGCCAAGUAUUGUUACUUACAACGUCCUGAUUCAGAAUUCACUUCAGGCUGGUGACCAUGUGACGGCGUGGCAAAUCUAUGAUAUGAUGAUUGAAAAUGGAGUCAAAGCGGAUGCAUACACUUAUUCAAUUAUGCAAAAUGAUGCCAAGAUUCGUGGAGAUGAUAUCGCGCUGGAGAAACUGGCGCAUUGGAUGAAUGAAGACGGUGUUGGAAAUAAUUAUACUGUCACUGAUACCUUAGACGCAGUAUUCCGCGUAAACAGACGGGAGUACUACAAGCGAACCCCCAGCGAGAGGAAAAAUCUUCAAACGCCAUUCUCACAAAUGAUUCCGAUUUAUUUGAAGAAUUUUAACAUUGAAUCAUUAGCUCAACUGAUUCCUACUUUUGAGGAUAGUUUGCUAGCUCCUGUGUCAACAAAGGCUGUCGAGGAGGUAGAUGACAUAUCGGUUGCAACCACCAAUCAGACUCCAGUUCAGGCUGAGGAAGGUCAGCGCCGUCCCGACCUGGCUGCUUCCGAGACUACGGUAUUUAGCCAUGACUAUAAUAUUGAGCAAGUCUUGAUGGACCCCAACCAUGUGACGCUGAUAGUGAUGCUCAAAGCAUACAUUGCAAGCGUCCGUCACUACAAGGUUUUAUUAAGAUUUUACGAUCACUUCAAAUCCUUAAUAUCCACAAAGAACCCAAUCGUCGUCCCUUUACUGGAGGAGGCUCAAAUUUACAACCAUUUGCUUGUUGGAUUGGGCAAUCUAGAUGCACCAAUGCACGAUUGCCUUAAAAUCAUUGCCGACAUGCAAAGCCCGCUUCCCAAAGCAGGACAGUCCGUACCGGCUACCGAGACUGAUCAAAUUCAAGAUGAAGGCAACAUCGGUACGCUGCCCAGUACUUCAGAUGAGAGCGACGGCGAUUUUGAGUCAGACGAUUCGUUUCCAAAUCCAGAGGACAGUUUCCGGCCACCGGCACCAAGUCUUCAUACAUGGAAUACAUUACUUAAUGUAUUCAUGCAACGUCGUCAACCCCGUGCAGCUGAGAAGGUGCUGCAGAUCAUGAUUGAGAAAGAGGGUUUGAAACCUAAUCAAGUCACUUGGAAUGCCUUGACCAUGGGCUACAUGAGACUGCAAGACCCAGUCAUGACAGCUGAUGCCCUCAUCCGAACAAAGAAAUCCGGAUUCAUCGUCGACCAAAUCAUGGCAAGUAGGUGGUGGCUCAGAUUCCAAGCUAGAGCUCGUUUAAGUGAGGCCUUGGAAUCUGCCCCCGAUGGCAAUGAAACCUGCUUGGCAGAUGUAGCCAAUGCUAUGGAGUCUGGGUCUGAGGUGGUAGAUCCGGCCGAUGAAGAUUUUAUCGAUGAAGAAGUUUUAGAGGCUACCACUUCGAGAACAGGGGAUAUAUACCGUAUACUUAAGCGACGUUUGCAUGCUGUCAACUCGCCUGUCCAUCCAAAUUGGAUAUUUGAUGCUAUGAUCCGGGUCGGCGAAGAGAAUAUCAUUGAACAGGAAGCCGGGCGAAUGUCAGACAAUGGAGCCGAACAGAUUUCAGAUGUAGCCGAGUCCGAAGUGAAUUUGAUUCAAUCAUCGGACAGACCAAGUAGUGCCAUCGAAGAAGAUUUUGGUCAGCCUGCAGACAGUCCAGAGGCGAAAGAGUCGUCAGUGGUAGGCGGGUGCGUUGAACAACAACCACUUCUAUCAGUGACUGAAGAUAAAAGAGAACCGAGGCUAUUGCCAGCCAACAGGCUAGUAGUCCGGAAGGUGACACAGUUUAUGAUGUCCCCAGGUGUGAAAGCUUUCCGCCGCAAGACUCAAGCGAAGGGUUUGCCUACAGGAGUAGAGCCACCUCACGCCAAUUUUAAAAAUGACAGAGAUCCACUGUCAUGA